AAUUUGUUACGAUUCCUGAGGGAUUUUGACUUGAAAUUUGUGGAAAGCGGGCAAGGCCUGGCAAAAUCAAAGGAACGUGCCCCACUUGCCAGGAUGGCUUGGUUUUGCCAGAGUCUUGAGGAGAGCGUUGAGCCCAGCGAGCCGGAAGAGCAUCAAAGCGGUACAAAACAUUGAGAUGUACGCGGCAAGCAGUGUUGUUUGUUGUUGCAAAUCAUCAGAAUUCACGACUCAGUGACCUAUUCAGCGACUGCACUUCAGCCCACAAAAAGUCACUUCAAAAGUUACGAGUUUGAUUUGAUUGAAUUUAAAAUUCUGUCGCCAAUAUGACUGACAGGGUAAUUAAAAUGCGCACCAACUCGAGUGUGGUGUGGAACUAUUUUCAAAUUCACAGCGACCCAUCCAAACAACACCUUGUAUCAUGCGUUCUCUGCGGUAAAGAACAUAAAAGGGGUGGCUCCACUUCCAAUCUUCUCCAUCAUAUCAAAGUUCAUCACUAUAAUGUUGAACCGCCUUCAAUCCCAGAAACCCAUCGUGUUCAAAACGUAAAGAGGAUUUCAGAGUCGGAACUGGAUGGCUCGAUGGGCAAAAAGCCGAGGACAAAUUCUUCAUUUGUUUGGGAUUACUUUGUGAAACCAACAUCAUCUAAUCAAGCUUGUGUGUGCCAUUUAUGUGGCACCACUUUUAGAUUCAGCAAUGGAUCUGAUACGUCAACCACAAACCUUUGGAAGCACCUUAAAAAGAAACAUCCUGAAGCUUAUGAAGAUGCGCAAAGACGUAAUUUGGAGAGGUCUAGAAAUGGGAGUGCAAAUAGAAACGAAAUAUCAUCCAAUUACAUUGUUACUGUGAGCACUGGAGAUGCCUUGGAAGAUAUUGGAAAUGUUAACUUUGAAACUGUUGUGCCAAAAAGUGAGCCUGCCUCUUUGAAUCCUGUAGUUGCUAGUAGUAGCAGUGUCAGUACACCAUUGAGGAAUAACAUGAACAGGGCUGCCUUCCAUAAAAAGAAAGAGCAUAUUGAUGCUCUUGUCAUGAAAGUGAUAGCAUCUGAUUUACAACCCUGUUCAUUCGUAGAAAAUAAGAAUUUCCGUGAACUGAUAAAAACUUUCGACAGAUCCUAUGAAAUGCCUAGCAAAGACCAGUUGUCAGAGCACUUUUUACCUCAGACGUAUGAAGCUGUACAACAGGAGGUAAGGCUUUCGCUACAACAUGCAGAGAGAGUUGCUGUUACCACGGAGAGCUGGAUAUCAUGGAGCUCUCAGCAAUACAUGACAGUCACUGCUCAUUUUUUCUCUUCUUCGUGGGAAAAAAAGUCUUUUGUACUCAGCACCACUCAAAUUAAUAAUGACAUGACUGCGGAAGGAAUUGCUGUGGAACUGAAGAACAUUUUUAUUCAAUGGGAAAUUCAUGAGAAAGUUAAUGCUGUUGUGACUGAUGGGUCGUCGCUUAUGGCAGAUGCUGUCCGCGUCCUUGAAAUACAACAUGUGCCUUGUUUUGUGCACACUUUGGACAGAGCAGUAAAAGAGGCUUUGAAAAAUGCAGAUGAUCUGACAGCCGUUGCAAACAGGGUGAGAGGUCUUGUGUCUUAUUUUCAGUACUCUACUGAUGGAGUCGGCAUAUUGAAAGAGAUACAAGGUACGGAUGUUCCUCUGAAAAUGUUGGUGAAAGAUGAGGAAGCCAGAUGGAUGUCAACCUUGCACAUGUUUCGUUGUUAUAUCGAGCAGCACGAGGUAAUUUCUGCAGCUCUUUGUUUGUUAUCGAAGACUGAUGACUGCAUAACCGAGAGUGAAGUUUCUGCCAUGAAAAAAAUGGUGGAGACGUUGGAACCCUUUGAGUUGGCCGCAAAAGAACUUUGCGUAGAAAAGAGUGCUACACUUUCUACAAUGAUUCCGAUUGUGAAACAGUUGCAGGAAUGUUUGUUAGAACUGCCGUAUCAGGAUUUCAUGUUAACGACAGUCUUGUCAAGAGGUCUAGGCCGUUUGUCCUUAUCUCUCGAGAACAACUUCACUGUGGGUGCUUCAGCAGUUUUGGACCCCCGUUUUAAAUAUUUGCCUUUUGGUGACCCUGAGAAAGCGAAAAACAUUGAGAGUCGUCUUACGUCAAUGCUGAGUGAAAUGUUUGAAUCAACAACAGAUGAUGGUAGUGUUUCAGUCGUGCAAGAGGAGCGCUCGCAUCAGCCAGUCAAGUCCCUGUGGAACAGAUUCGAUUCUAAAGUUAAUGACUUGUUGAAAUCUACUUCUCCUGCUACGACCGGCCCAACCAUAGAGCUGAGACGUUAUUUUGAAAGCAGGCAACCAAGAAGACAUGAAGUUCACCCAUUUGAAUGGUGGAAGUCGAAUGAAACUGUGUUCCCGAACCUCACCAAAUUAGCCCAACAUUUCCUGGCCAUCCCUGCCACAUCGGUGCCUGCUGACCUCAUUUUCUCCAAAGCCAGUGAGAUCUUUUUGGCAAAGAGAAGCUGUUUAAAUGAAAAUCAUAUUGACAAGAUGAUAUUCUUAAAUAAAAACUAUGCCUAAUAAGUUUGAAUUAUAUACAUUAUAUUUUUAUAUCAGGCCAACUGAGGACAUGACUAUUUUAGUUUACUUCGCAAGCUUUUUGGGCAACAAUUCCAGCAGGGGAUUAUUUUGUGACUGCUGUUUGACACAUUUCAUACCAAGUAAAUUCUCCAGGAGAACUUUCCCCUGCCAAAGUAAAUCUUGAAACUUUCAAGCUGACAUUUGCAUGCUUGGAGGAGGGCAUCAGUGGAAGGUGGCGUCGAAGGAUCAUGGAUCUGUGUCAGUCCUCUCAGUCUCAGUCUCUAUAGCCCAUCAGUUUCUCUUCUCUGAUUGAACCCUUUUCAUUGUUUUUGUUUACAUUGACCACAGCUGGUUAAAACCUGUAAAUUCUUUGCCAUAUCGACAGACCGAAGGGCUAGAACCCAAAUGGCCGCUGGAUCGGAAAAGUAAAGUCUACAUUGACCAGGCGCACGACAACGCCCUCUCGUAACACCAGUGGGCCGGGCCCUCUCACAGGUCUAGAUUUAUCUCCUGUACGGAGUGCCUACUGGAGGAACUUUGCUGCUCUAUGCUAUGACUCUAUGGAGGCAAUGUUCAACUUUCCUCCCUGUCGUCCCGUCCCUAUCAUCUGAAUGAGAAUCUUCCCCUUUUCCACUUGCCCCCCCUCACUCUCACUCACACUCUCUCUCUCUCUUCUCUUUUUCUCUCUUUCUCUCCUCUCUCUCUC